AUUUCCUCAGAGCAAGUGUCGCUUUCUUCUUCCUUUAGAUCUGACAUACGCCACGUAGAAGGGCCUGAUACGAGAUUGUCGCGCGCUCGCGUGUGGCGCUUUUUCGGACAAUUUACCCACGACCCACUCCACCAGAUGGCGAUCGGCUCAGGUACGCCGCAAUCUAGUUUUCAUUCGACGGUCGACCAUGGAUAUCGCUUGCGCUUGAAACGCCUCUCCCAUCGCGGAAGUGGAAGUUGUGCCGAAGUUGCGCUGGAGCCGCGACAUCGCUUCACACCGCCUUGUCUCCACCGCAGGGUAGCUGAAGGAUCACGAAGAGGAGGGGGUACAAAGCUGGAUCUGCCCCGCGUUGUGACGGUGCAGUAAAUUUGGUGUUGAGCAUCGAGAAUAGCAAGCAAAGUAUUCAAGGACGUCUAAAUUUCAAUCAUCAAUCAUGUCUACUCCCAGGGUCUUUGAGGGCAAGCUCGCCAUCGUCACUGGCGCAUCUCGCAGCUUCGGCGCCGCUCUCGCAACACACUUCGCCUCGCGCGGCGCCAAUGUAGUAAUCAACUAUGCAACAUCCGCCUCGGACGCCCGCGCCCGGGACCUCGCAACCAAGCUCUCGACAGAACACAACAUCACCGCGCUCGCCGUGCGCGCCGACCUCCUCAACGCCUCAGCACCACAAGCCCUCAUCGACGCCGCAAAAGCCCACUUCACCAAAAACGGCCGUUUCCAAAUCGACAUCCUAAUCAACAACGCGGCCAUCGUCAACGCCCAGCCCAUCAACGAGCUCGACAUCGACCUCUUCCAGCAAACCUUCGAUCUGAACGUGCGCGCACCCGCGCUGCUCAUCAAAGCAGCAUUUCCCUACCUGCCCACCGACCGCUCGGGCCGCAUCGUCAACAUCUCCUCGGCAACCACGACAUGGGGCCUGAUCCAGCAGACGUCCUACGCAGGCACAAAGGGCGCCAUCGAAGCCAUGACGCGCGUCUGGGCGCGCGAGCUCGCUGAGCGCGCAACCGUCAACGCUGUCUCUCCGGGGCCCAUGGACACGGGGCUCUUGAAUGGGCUGCCGGAUGAGCCGCGCGAGGCGCUGAGGUUGUACAAUGCGCUUAUUCCGCUUGCGAGGGAGAGGCCGGGUGUUGAUACGCCUGAGAUGCUCAGGCUGGCAGGGGAGAUUGGGGGGAGGCCUGGGACGCUGGAGGAGGUUGCGGGGAUUGUGGGGGUUGCGUGUUUGCCGGAGAGUGGGUGGAUGACGGGGAAUCAACUUAGCGCGAGUGGAGGAGGGGCGUUUGUGAGGUAGAUUGUGAGUAGGGUGAUGAUGUGAUUCUACUGCAUAUCCUCGACGUUGGGACGAAUUGAGUUUACGCCCUGGCAGAACAGCCCUGUCCACCACCCUCACGGGAUGAUGACCGUCCCACUCCCUCCCGCACCAACGUCCGUAAGCAUAACUGCAUCGUCGACCAAAUUAUUCAGCUGAUCAAACUGCCCUUGCAGCCACAAGUCCAAAAUCGGCUGGUCAGGCGCAACAUACCUCGCG